AUGUCUGCUGCCAGCUGUCUUCUAUCUGAAGAUCAGUUUCUGUGCUCCAUUUGUCUGGAAGUCUUCAUUGAUCCAGUCUCCACACCAUGUGGACACAACUUCUGCAAAAACUGCAUCAGUCAACACUGGGAUAUCAGUGACAGGUGUCAGUGUCCCAUGUGUAAAAAGGUGUUUGAGACCAGACCUGAGCUGCACAUCAACACUUUCAUCUCUGAUGUAGUUUCUCAGUUCAGACGUGAAGCUCAGCAGAAAGUCAGCAGCAGCAGCAGCUCAGAGCAACAAGCUGCCAAACCAGGAGAAGUUCCCUGUGACAUCUGCACUGGAACCAAACUGAAGGCCCUGAAGUCCUGCCUGGUGUGUCUGGCCUCCUACUGUCAGACUCACCUGGAGCCUCAUCUGACAGCUUCACGUCUGAAAAGACAUCAGCUGAUUGAGCCUGAGGAGAACCUGGAAGGCAGGAUGUGUAUGAAGCACGAUAAACAUCUGGAGCUGUUCUGUAAGACUGAUCAGACAUGUGUCUGCGUGCUCUGCUCUGUUGUAGACCACAAGACUCAUGAGUUUGUUCCUCUGAGAGAAGAAUAUGAAGGAAAGAAGGCAGAACUGGGGAAGACUGAGGCUGAAACUCAGCAGAUGAUCCAGAAGAGACAACUGAAGAUUCAGGAGAUCAGAGAGUCAGUGAAGAUGAGUAAAGAUGCUGCAAACAGAGAGAAAGCAGAAGGUGUUCAGGUCUUCACUGCUCUGAAGGAGUCUGUUGACAGACGCCUGAACGAGCUCAUAAAGGAGAUCGAAGACAAACAGGAAACAACAGAGAAACAGGCUGAAGGUUUCAUCAAAGAUCUGGAACAGGAAAUCUCUGAGCUGAUGAAGAGGAGCUCUGAGGUGGAGCAGCUCUCACGCUCUAAAGACCACCUCCACCUCCUCCAAAGCUUCUCCUCCCUGAAAGCUGCUCCAACCACCAAGGACUGGACAGAGGUCAGUAUCCAUCCACCAUCAUAUGAGGGGACUGUGGUGAGAGCUGUGGAUCAGCUGAAGGAGAUACUCAGUGAAGACAUGAAGAAGCUGUUUGAGGCUGAGCUGAAGAGGGUCCAGCAGUAUGCAGUGGAUGUGACUCUUGAUCCUGAUACAGCACAUCCUGAACUCAUCCUGUCUGAUGAUGGAAAACAAGUACACUUUGGUGAAAAGAGGAAGAAUCUUCCAGACAACCCAGAGAGAUUUUCUAAAAGUGUUUGUGUUUUAGCAAAGCAGAGUUUCUCUUCAGGCAGAUUUUAUUUUGAGGUUCAGGUUGAAGAAAAGACCAAAUGGAUAUUAGGGGUGGCCAGAGAGUCAGUGAACAGGAAGGAAGUCUUCACACCAAGUCCUGAAAAUGGUUACUGGACUGUAGUGGAACACAAAAUGAUUUGUCUAGUUCUUGACGACCCUUCAAUCCUUUUCUUUUUUCCGUCUGGUCCUGAGAAGGUGGGGGUGUUUGUGGAUUAUGAGGAGGGUCUGGUCUCCUUUCAUGAUGUAGAUGAUGCAGCUCUUAUCUACUCCUUUACUGGCUGCUCCUUCAGCGAGAAACUCUACCCAUUCUUCUGUCCCGGUGUCAGUGAUGGUGGUAAAAACUGUGCACCUCUGAUCAUCUGUCCUGCAAGAAAAGAAGACCACCUAUACUUAGAAGUAGCCACAGAAAAGGAUCAUUCACACAAAUUUUACUUUGAGGUUCAGGUUAAAGGAAAGACCACCUGGGCUUUAGGAGUGGCCAGAAAGUCAGUGAACAGGAAGGAAGUCAUCACACCGAGUCCCGAGAAAGGUUACCAGACUUUAGGGUCUGGUACUGAGAAGUUGGGGGUGUUUGUGGAUUAUGUGGAGGGUCUGGUCUCCUUUCAUGAUGUAGAUGAUGCAGCUCUUAUCUACUCCUUUACUUGCUGCUCCUUCACUGAGAAACUCUACCCAUUCUUCUGUCCCGGUGUCAAUGAUGAUGGUAAAAACUCUUCACCUCUGCUCAUCUGUCCUGUCAAUCAGUCUGAUCUUUGUCCAUGA